AUGUCACAAAAUAAAUAAGAUUAAGAUUUAUCUAACUUAACACUUGCCGAAUUAUAAAAGAUUAAAGAUGAAAAAAAGUUUGAUUAACUUUUAAAUAAUGAACAACAAAAAAGGGAAGAGUAAUAAUCAAUAAAGAAUGAGAAAAAUAUAAUAUAAAAUGAAGAAUCUUAACAAACUAUAAAAUUAUCAUCAGACGAUCCUGCUGAACUGUAUGAAAAAUUAAAACAGAAAUGGGGACUUUAAGAGCAGCAAACUUUAAAAGAUGAAAGUAAAUUUGAACAAUAAUUAUAUUUUAGUUAGUCCUGAUUAAACUAAGAGUAAAUUAGAGAUUUUAUUAGAGGAGAGAAGAAAUAGAAAACCCCCUAAGCUAUCAUAAAUCUAAAACGAUUACUUAUAAAAAAUAUAAGAUGAAACAGUGGUUGAUUCUGUAUAUAGUAAGGAAGGACCUAUGCCAAAAACUAUUUAAUAGAUGCUUACAGAGUAUUAAGGAAUCAAAGGAGCUGUUAACAUAGGGUAGGAAUGGACUGAUAUUAUUUAAUAAGGAGUAAAGACAAAUUUAAAAAAUCAAGAAUAAGCUGCCAAUAGUACUAAUUUUAAAAUAUAAAGUUAGACUACUUUUGGUUGAUGGCAAAAAAAGGACGUUUAGGAGUGGAUGGUUUUGCUAUUGCUUUUGGGAUAUUUGGAAUAAUACUAUUGCCAAUUUACUUUUAUUAGAGAUAGAAUAGAAGAAGAGGAGCUUAUAAACAAGAAAUUAAAAUUGUAUCUGGUGUUAAAGAUUGGGAAAACUCAACUUUGGAUAUUGAUGAUGUCUCAGUUUAACAAACUUAUUAUACAUUAUUUUCUGAAGAAAUUUAAGAACUUAUGAAAAAGAAAAUGCAGGUUUAAUAAUAAAUAAGCAAACUCUUAGGAAGAGAGAAAUGAUAAAUGUAGGAUUUAUUUUUUAAAUAUAUGAUUAAUAAAAGAUGAG